UAGGGGAAAAGAUGGUUUCGUCUCGGCCCGCUUCAAUACUGCUACUUACCCCGGGGUACACUUCCCCGGGAGGCAGUGAGAUAGACCGAUGAUGUGACUUCUGAUCAAAACCAAUUGCGUUGAUUUCGUUACUAGGGUCUAUCCUCACUCAUUUCUAGCUCAAGAUGGGAGCCUACCGUUACGUGCAGGAGUUGUACCGCAAGAAGCAGAGCGAUGUGAUGCGCUACCUGCUGCGUGUCCGCGUCUGGCAAUACCGCCAGCUGACCAAGUUCCACCGCGCCCCCAGGCCAUCUCGCCCAGACAAGGCCCGUCGUCUUGGAUACAAGGCCAAGCAGGGAUUCUCGAUCUUCCGUAUUCGGGUGCGCCGUGGUGGCCGCAAGCGCCCAGUCGCCAAGGGAUGCACCUACGGCAAGCCCAAGAGCCAUGGUGUCAACGAGCUGAAGCCAUACCGCUGUCUACAGUCCGUUGCUGAGGAACGUGUCGGCCGUCGCGUUGGAGGUCUGCGUGUGUUGAACUCCUACUGGGUGGCCCAGGAUGCCGCCUACAAAUACUUCGAGGUCAUCAUGGUCGAUACCGCCCACAACGCCAUCCGUCGUGACGCCAAGGUCAACUGGAUCACAAGGGCCGUGCACAAGCACCGUGAACUGCGCGGUCUCACCUCGGCUGGCAAGAGCAGCCGUGGACUGGGCAAAGGCUACCGCUACGCUCAGACCAUUGGAGGAUCCCGACGGGCGUGCUGGCGCCGUCGCAACCGUCUGCACAUGCGCCGUUACCGUUAAGCGUGUGGUUGUUGCUGAGGCUGCUGCCGCGGCCUAGUAAUUACUUCCGUAAUAUAAUGUGCAAAUGGAAACUGUUUGUAUAUAAUCAUAACAAUAUACAAAAAUCUCUAAAAUCUACAA